CAAGAACAGUAACUGUAUCUGAUUGUCUUGGGUGGAUAAACCAUUCCAUUUCAUUUUUUGAUCGUUGUUUGAAUUUAGAAAAAAAUCUUUAAGUCUAUACCCUUCUCUCUCUCUAGCUUGACACACCCAAUGGUGGAAUAUAUCAGACAUUCCCCAAAAUGGACCAAAUUUUCUGCAAGUACUUUUCAUUUGUCCUUUCAAAAUACGGUCACUGGUGGCCACUCUUUGAAGCCUCAUGUUGUACGGCAAUUCCGAUACUGUCCUCUAUUUGCGAAUGCUCGCACGGUGUUCUAUCGUACCAUUCAUGGUCGCAUCCCGACACAAGAAUUUAUUCAUAAAUACAAUCGCGCAGUUUCUACUACUUGUGCAUACUGCCACCUACAUCAAGAUACUAUCUACCAUUUUAUUGUCGAAUGUCCCAAAAAAUAGUCAGUCUGGUGUAAAAUUCUGGGUACGUUCUUCCCUACGCUACUGUUCUCACAGGAGAUAUUGUAUGGGGUAAUACGUUAUCUACACAUACAUCAGGGACUUCAUCGCAAUAAAGACUUCCUUGUCGUUAUUGGCACUACUCACUGGUUUUUAUGGAACAG